AUGUGCAACAACAAUGCUGUUCACUUCGGUGGAAAGCGGAUUUCUGUGGUAAGGAAGUGGGAACAGGGGGUGGCAGUGUCGGGGGUCUGGGGGAACAUGGGCUUGAGUGGGGGGUGCCUCAGAAAGAGCAAGAUGGCGGAUGUUUCUCUCUUGGUGUGACCGGUGGCAGUAGUAUCGAUCAGCAAUGCCGCACAGACUUUUGCGCGCCGAAAUAUGCAUGCGACAGCUUUAACCUAACCACUUCGGUGGAAAGCGGAUUUCUGUUCGAUACGGUGUCAGGGGUACCAGGGAAGACGGGGCCGAGUGUUGUUUGAUUCCGGGUGGAUGAGGUCGGGGUUUUGUGCGUUUUUCUCCAUCUAAGGUUCGUGCCUAGAGUUCAGCUGUAGUCUAGUGUUUCAACCAAAGUUUUGUUGACUUAGAGGCAAACAUUCCUAGCUACCGGGCAUCGAGUUAAUUUGGCGGCAUGACGGCCUUUACGAUCGACUUUUUGUGUAUGUCUGCAAUUAUCUGCGAUUGUCGGAGGGCAAAC